GGGCAACCGCCCCUGUAGCCCGCCGGCGGGGACUAAGCUGCCCGGGACCUUCCACCCCGCUGGCCCCUCAGGAGGGUGUGAGCGGCCGGGCCGCUUCCUGCCUCCGGGUCGAGGCCCCAGACUACUCCACCGGCGGCAGAGCGAGACGCCUUGCCCAGUUGGGAAGGGAGCUGCCUUCUGAGGCGCGGAGGAAGAAGAUGUUAAAGAUUUUAAGCAACCAUCACAGUAAUGGAUUUCAGUCACAAAAAUGAGACUGAAUUAGAAAAUAGUGAAAAUUAUGAAAUUCAAAGCACAGAAGAAACUGAAUUAAUCUAUACUUGUCCAGAUGAAAGAAGUGAAAAGAAUCAUGUUUGUUGUCUUCUCAGCGUCAGUGACGUUACACUUGAACAGGAUAAAAAAGCCAAAGAGUUUGUCAUUGGAACUGGAUGGGAAGAAGCGGUCCGAGGCUGGGGACAGAUUUCUCCAACUGCCUGCAUCUGGCCCAGGAAGAAGCUUAAGAAGGCGAGGGUGGGAGAAAGUGCCAGCAGCUGCUUACUCUGUGUCAAUCUCUCCCAUGGGAGCCUGGAGGCCAGGCUUCAGUCGGAGGCAGGGAAGUUGGAGUCUGGGGCUUCAGCUCCAGCUCCGGCGGCCGAGGCAGGCCUGGAGAAGGAUGGAGGCAGCCUCUCCCAGACCCCGGGAACCCCCCCAGGCCCCACUAUGGCCUCUAGGGAAGUUAAUAAGAUCUGCUUUCCCACCUACAGUCAGGGAGAGAAGAAAAGUCUGCAAAUAAAAGAAUUCAUUUGGUGCCUGGAAGACUGGGCCACCCCGGAGACUGUUAGGGGCAAGGACCCCAGAAGGCCCUGGAGAGGCACUGACAGAAUUCUCGCCGCCUCAGACUCCCUGACUUCCAAAGCCCUUUUAGUCCUCCCUCCCUUAAAGUCUUCGCCUGCAAAUGGCUUGGAUGUUCUGAGUAAGAAGACUAAGAACUUUUUCUUGCAGCCAGAAGAGAAGGGGCUAAGUGUGGAAAAGGAUGAGUAUGUGACUUAUGCCUCUGGAGUGAAAGCAGUUGACGGGGCAGGCGAAAAGCAGCCCACUGAGCUGGCCAGGCACCACAAAGUCAAGGAAACGCAGCCUUUCCUCCGCCUGGCGGCCCGGACGCCCCUGCUGGCUGAGCCUGAGCCCUGCUGCCUGCACUGGUCCCUCCUGCCUGAGAAAAACCUGGUGUGCCCUCCCUGCUAUCUUGCCACCUUCCAGCUUUUGCAGAAACAAGGAGCGAGGAACUACAAAGCCAGACUCAAAGCCAGGGAGCCCAGACCUCCCACGAAAACCCCAAAGCGCGUCCUCACAGAGACCAAGCAGGAAAACAGGCCCCAAAUGUUGGAGACCAAAGUGUUCUCAAGACCUCUCUUGCCGUCCCUCACAGUGAGCAGAGUUGUUAUUCCCAUUUCCACUCACAGACUCCUUUGAGCUGCUACAAUAUAAUUCCCUGGGAAUAAGCAGCGUCUGAACAUGGUUCAUCUUCUCUCCCCUGUCUCCCUUCUGCCCCACCCCAGGCUCUUUCUCUUUCUCCGUUUCCUUCUCUUCAUCUUGCACACUCUUCUUUCCCUCUCUCCCCUGGUCCUUUUUUGGUAGUAGAUCGGGGACAGCUGAACCUCGUAGUAUGGAUUUUGAUGUACUCUCAAAACCUCCACAUUUUUGUGUUACCUGCUUCUGUUGCUUAGCCAUUUACAAAACACACACUGGUAGUGCCAGUCUCAGCCUCAGCCUGGCUUAUCUGUGCCCUGGGAGACAAGUGGACGGUGGGGAAGCUGGAGGGCCUCCCUCCGGGGUUGCCCCCAGGUCAGCCCCCGAGCCAGCUGGCAGGGGCUCUUUCUGCCCCCCUCAACCCCAGUGCUUCGAGCCAGGCAUCCUGGGCUUGUUGAGACCAAAUUCUUUCCUGCUCUUUGAACCUGGCAGAUGGUCUAUUGGUUGCCACAUUUUCUCUUGCAACAGAGAUCUGCUUUAAUUGAAACAGUGUUGUAAGAGAAAAUUCCAGCCUCUGUCCAGAUGAAUUUCAUAUGUCCAGGGUGGCAUAUCCUUAUAUUGAUAUUAGAUGGAUGGAUGUGCCAUAUCCAUUGUAUCUUAUGUGUCCCAGAUUUCAUAUACUUAGAGCCUCAUGCUAGUUUCUGUGUCUGGAAGGUUUUGGCUACCUUUAUACAAAAUUCAUCAUUAGAGGCAGAUUGAGAAUAAUUAUUAUUUUUUAAAUGUCACUGUGAAAAAAAAAAAAAUGUCACUGUGAAAAAAAAAAGUCACUGUGAUUAUUGUUGGCACACAUGCUUCUUCCAGUCUUACAUCUACUGUUUGGGAACUCGACAGCCCCAGACAGAGUUAUGGAAUGGAGGUGUGACUUUCUUCCUUCUUCCAUCUUUCCUCCCCGCUUAUUUUACCCCAGUGCACACUUCCUGAAGUUGUGUAUAAAUUAAAUGUUUGUAGAUAAGUUAUAUUUUAAAUGUGAAGUGACAAUGCUAUGCAGAGAGAUGCUCUGAAGAACCAUUUUGCAAUGUGAAUAACCAUUUAGCUGCUCUGUAAUUACAUAAUUUGCAUUUGCUUAAAGUAGAUCAUACUUGAACUGUAGGCUUUCCAUCUCCUAAGUGAUGGGCAGACAGAAUAUAUGGCUAUUUGUAAACAUCUGCUUUCCAUAACUGGUCUUUGUAAUGUCUUGUCUGUUUAAGUUUAGGAGUUUUGUUGGUUUGUCUUUACAAGUAAACACCAGAAAUGCAGGAAUGAUUACAGUACAAUCGUCAUUUAAAGGUGUAUUUUGCCUUUUGAGGUUGGACACUUUACAGACUAGAAGCAGUUUUCAGGUUCUACUCACCCUUUCUUGUCUGAAGGAAGAAGCCAUCUGAAUUCAUCCCCAAGAAGAGGUCCCAAUUUCCCUCUGUGUCUGCACACUGGGGGUGUUGGACCCAGUACUGCUUGAGCACUGUCCAGCUCUGGCAACUGCCUACCUGAGUCAGUGGUUUUUUUCAAGUCCUCCUUUGUAGGCUGCAGAAUAAUGAAUAAGCUCACUAUGUAUACACCUGUCAAAGUGUCUGCUUGUGAGGGAAAAGUAUCUACCAGUAUGAACGAGGGACAAAGCUCACCUGCUCAGCCCAGGGGUACUUACCCGGUGAGAUCUUGCCACAGUUUGAACUGAUGCAAGUUACAAGAGAACGCAAUUUUUUUUUUUUCCUUAAGAAAAACUCCACUGUUGAGAUAAAGGUUAUACAUUCUAUACCUUUGGGGAUAAACAUAUAAUAAUUUAUUGAGAUUUAGUUUGAACAAAGGAAGGACCCAAAUUUAAAGGUUUGUUGUUCAGUCGCUUAGUCAUAUCUGACUCUUUGCAACCCCAUGUCAGUUUUAGUAUCUUUAAAAAAUUUUUUAAUCAACUAGUUUUUUUUUUAAAUUAUGAAAGCAUCUAUUUCUUUAGGUAAUUAUUCAAAUACCUGAUAAAGUCCCUCUGGUAUCUUAUUUGUAUUGGCCGAGGAAGUUUGGCUUGCUUUUCUGUGGACAAAGUCAGUCUAGGCCUUGUCCCAGUUUCUAGUCAGAUUAAAUCAGGACGUUCAAACUGGUCUUUGAUAUCCAAGUCUAGAUAAAGGCUAAAUGUUUACUGGAAUGCAAUAACAAAAAUCUAGGUCAAUAACAAAAAUCCUUC